CGCAUGUCGCUGGCGCCGCGCCCCGCGCCCCCACAGCCGCCCGCCGCCGCCCUCCGCCGCAGCCGCCGCCGCCCUUGAUGUGGUUCGGGGCCGGGCGGGGGAGAAGAUGCCGCCGUCCAAGUCCCGCAAGAUCGCGAUCCUGGGCUACCGGAGCGUGGGAAAAUCUUCACUGACGAUCCAGUUUGUGGAAGGACAGUUUGUUGAUUCAUAUGAUCCAACCAUAGAGAACACUUUUACAAAACUGAUCACAGUAAAUGGCCAAGAAUAUCAUCUUCAGCUGGUUGACACUGCUGGCCAGGAUGAAUACUCCAUAUUUCCUCAGACGUACUCCAUAGACAUCAAUGGCUACAUUCUUGUUUAUUCAGUCACAUCAAUAAAAAGUUUUGAAGUGAUAAAAGUUAUCCAUGGCAAGUUAUUGGAUAUGGUGGGAAAAGUCCAAAUACCCAUUAUGCUGGUUGGAAAUAAAAAAGACCUGCAUAUGGAACGGGUGAUCAGCUAUGAAGAAGGGAAAGCUUUGGCAGAAUCCUGGAACGCAGCUUUCUUGGAAUCUUCUGCUAAAGAAAAUCAGACUGCCGUUGAUGUUUUUAAGAGGAUAAUUUUGGAGGCAGAAAAAAUCGAUGGGGCAGCUUCACAAGGGAAGUCUUCAUGCUCAGUAAUGUAAUUCCACUGCAGAACCUGAAAACACUGGGAAUACAUUCUACCUGAAGAAGCAAAACUGCCCAUUAUCUUUAAGGAUAAACUAUGCUUCUUUUUUUUUUUGUUUUUUCCUUUUUUUUUCAGUUUUUUUUUUUUCUUCUGUUAACCUGAAAGAUAAACAGUUGGUUUGGAGCCUUUCCCUUCAGAUUAUGUUAAACUCUGACUCCUGUGCAAAUGGCUUCACUUCCAUUUUCAAAUUUUAAGCAAUCAUAUUUUCAAUUUAUAUAUUGUAUUUCUUAAUAUUAUGACCAAGAAUUUUACUGGCAUUAAUUUUUCAGUGUAGUUUGUUGGUUAGAAUAAUCAUCAAAAUGAUGCAUAUUGUUACACUACUAUUAACUAGGCUUGGAUAUCAGUGUUUCUUUGUGUUAAAUGUAUACUUGUAAAUAAAAUAGCUGCAAACCUUAAA